AUGUCAUCGUUAUCAGAAGUGGAAACGCAGGAUACGUUACCGUUCGUGGUAGACCCAUCACCACAACAAACUAUUGAACAGCCAAAGAUUGUUGCUCCUUCGAUAGAACAAGUGGAUGAGGAUCCCGAAGUAUUAAGGUCCCUAAGAGGUCAAGGUCGUUACUUUGGUGUCUCUGAUUCUAAUGGAUUGUCGUCCGUUGUGAAAGAAGCAGAACCUAAAUGUAAUAAUUGUUCACAACGUGGUCAUUUAAAGAAAAAUUGUCCUCAUGUUAUAUGUACAUAUUGUGGUUCAAUGGAUGAUCAUUAUUCUCAACAUUGUCCAAAGGCUAUUAAAUGUUCAAAUUGUAAUGAAAAGGGGCAUUAUAGAUCUCAGUGUCCUCAGAAAUGGAAGAAAGUUUAUUGCACUUUAUGUGAUAGUAAUAAACACUCAAGAGAUAGAUGUCCAAGUAUAUGGAGAGUUUAUUUAUUACGUGAUGAUAUUAAUCAAGAAAAAAAGACCACUAAUGGGUUGUCUUUAAAUAUGGAAGAUGUAUUCUGUUAUAAUUGUGGUUUGACAGGUCAUUUUGGAGAUGAUUGUAGUGAAAGAAGAUCAUCUCGUGUACCAAAUGAAGAUGGGAGUGCAUUCUCUGGUGAGAAUCUGUCUUAUGUAUUAAAGGAUGAAUAUUUUGAUGAAGUUGAUGCUCAAUAUGGUAAUUCUCGCAGAAAUAGUGGUAAUAAUUAUAAUUCACGUAAUAGUGGUGGAAGAGAAACAUAUUUCUCAAAUAAUAAUAGUAAUAGUAAUGAUGGAUUUGAUUAUAAUGAUUAUGAAUAUGAUGAUUCUAAAUAUGACAAUGAUUAUCAAAACACAAAUAAAUCUAAAAAAAGAUUUAGAAAUGAUAGACAAAAUAAUAAUAAUAAUAAUAAUAAUAAUAAUAGCAGCAGAUACAUUCAACCAACUCGUAGAGGUAAUACAUUACAACCAAUAAGAGAUCAAUAUAAUAAUAAUAAUGGCAACAAUAGUGGUAGUAAUAGACAACAUCCAUUGACUUUCCCACGGUCGAACUAUGAUGGAUCGAAUGCUAUCGCUCGAGGAUUAGAGAAUGCAAGAUAUUCUAGUUCGUCAUCGUCAUACAACAACAACAAUAGUAAUUAUAAUCAAAAUACCAAGAGAUAUAAUCAAUAUAAACCUUUCAGAAGUGGGACCAUUAAGAAAUAA